AUGGCUCCCCAGAAGCCUCAAAAUGACCAUAAACCUAAGAAGAAGGUGCAAUGCCUGAGUGUUGCAAUGAAGAAGGAAAUAAUAGAGAAACAUCAGAGGGGAGUGAGGGUGAAGGACCUUGUGCAAGAGUAUGACCUUCCUAAGUCUACUAUUUGUACAUUUGUGAAAAAUAAGGAAAAAAUGAUGGUUGCUGAUGUGGCUAAAGGUGUGGUAGGUGUUGCAGCUACCAAGAGGCCACAGGUUUUGGAUAAAGUUGAGCAGCUACUUAUGGUGUGGAUAACGGACAUGCAGCUCAAGGGUGACACCAUUAGUGAGACGGCAAUCUGUGAAAAGGUCAAGAAACUGUACAGGGAUUUAAUGGCUGAAUUACCCACUACAAGAGAUACCAGCCCUGAAGAUUUCAAGGCAAGCAGAGGGUGGUUCCAAAACUUUUGCAAAAGAAGUGGCAUCCACAGUGUUGUGAGGCAUGGUGAGGCUGCCAGUGCCAAUGUAGAAGGAACAAAUAAGUUUGUUGGGGAAUUUGCUGCCUUUGUGAAGACUGCAGGGUUUCUCCCCCAAAAGUGUUUUAAUUGUGACGAAACUGGGCUCUUCUGGAAAAAGAUGCCCAGCAGGACCUACAUCACUCAAGAGGAGAAGAAGCUGCAAGGACAUAAGCCUAUGAAGGACAGGCUGACACUCAUGUUCUGUGCUAAUGCAAGUGGUGAUUGCAAGAUCAAACCACUGCUUGUUUAUCAUUCUGAAACUCCAAGAACAUUUAAUUGA